AUGCGAAAGUUGGAAUGGGACAACAUGGGAGUGAAGGUUGAUGGUCGGCAGCUACACCAUUUGCGCUUUGCUGAUGACAUCGUACUGAUAACACCUAGCAUCAGCCUGGCGGAACGAAUGCUGACCGAAUUCGACGAAACAUGUGGAUGCAUCGGUCUUCAGCUGAAUCUACAAAAGACGAUGUUCAUGCGGAACGGAUGGGUCUCGGAUGUCCCAUUCACGCUCAACGGAACGAACAUAUCCCAGUGCACCAGCUACGUUCAUCUCCGUCGGGAAUUGAACAUGAUGAACGACCUGACCUCAGAGCUGGACAGGAGGAGACGAGGGGCUUGGGGAGCGUAUAAGAGCAUCGGGAUAUAG